CAGGGGGAAUGAGAUAUUAUGUGAUAUUUGUCACUGCAAAAUCCCUAAUAUCUGUCGACUAGCUCCCCUGCACACUGAAAUCAGGAUACUCAGAUAUUUCCUGCGCUCUGUACCUGACUUUUCAUUUCGUCCUGUACUUGGUGACAUGCUCUUGGAUGGGGAAUGUUUAAGGAGCUCCAUUGCAACGCAGUGUCAGCAUGAUGUGCUAACGAGGAAUCCGUUUCUGACUCAGCUGUGAAAACAUUGUACCGGACCUAAGUCCGAGGCUAAAACUGUGCCGUGCACGCUUCUCGAAACAUAAUCUAGCUAUUUAUAGCUAAAUACGGUUCGGUGAGUCCAGGCCUUGGUUGGGGUAGCUGCCUUUUUUAACUGCUGAGCCUGACUCUGGAUCUCAUUUCUCACCGUUGUGACAGAGUUUCAAGAGUGUGUCUGUUCUUGAAGUUGAAGCAUUCGAGACCACAGUCUGGCUAUCCAAGUCGGUCCUCGUGAAACUCCUCCGAUUUGGGUUGCGCAGUUCCGUGUGGCGUUGUUGGUUUUUUUCAUUUUUAAAAUCUUUAGGGGAGAUUGUAUAUUUAAGUUGUGGUGCCUGUGUAGAGGUGCGGGUUGGUUGUGGUUUACGGAGCGUGUUUUACAGUAAAUUUAGAGGCAGUGCUUGGCUUUGGAUACUUUUGUCGGAAUACUCAGAUUAAUGUCCUUGCAAGAGCAAGCCACUCGGCGGAGUGGGGUAAAGCAGGAUGACGCUUUUAAGAUCGAUGAGGUGAAUUUGUUCCAGCGCUUGGGUCUUGACACCUUCAUCAAGCUCUCCACCAAUUUUUACGCACGGGUUUAUGACGACGACCAGGAGUGGUUUCGCAAAAUAUUUUCAAGUUCCACCAAAGAGGACGCAAUUAGAAACCAAUACGAGUUUUUUGUUCAACGUAUGGGAGGGCCCCCCUUGUAUUCACAACGGAAAGGUCAUCCUGCUUUGAUUGGACGGCAUGGUCCUUUUACGUUCGAUGAACAAGGAGCCGUGCGUUGGUUAGAGCAUAUGCAAGCUGCAUUGAACGACACUCCUGAAAUUGAUGCCGAUUCAAAGAAGCGCAUGUUUGACUUUUUUAAACACACGGCCUAUUUCUUGGUGGCAGGGAAGGAGCUCAUGAAUCGCCGCAAUGCCAUGUGAUCAUGUCCAGACGUCUUUGCUCUCUGCAUUUUGAACUAUCAGCAAGGUUACAAACGAUGGUUGUAUAUCCGAAUUAGAAGUCAUUUGAGAUGGAGCAUAUGGUAAAGCAAGUUAGAUUCUACAUGUUAUCCACUUUCUAAUUCGAUUCUACAGUUGUUAGUAUUUUAGAGUUACGUAUUAACUCCCAAACAAACCAAUCGUAUCAGCCUUGGGAACUACGAGAAGUCAUUGGAUGGAGGCAGAUUUUUAGAAUGCAGUGUUCGUCUUCUUUAUCGUGCUGUUUGAUGGAGGGAAAGGCCACUGAUGAACCUUGUAAUGAUGCAUUGGCCACAGUCAACCGUGACUGAUUUGCAGUGUCAUCUCAUUCUUAUAGUGACUAGUGGUAUUCGCAAACUGCAAAUCGUUCACUGCAAAUCGUUCACUGCUUUGCAGAGGCGAGCAUCAGUCGACAUCGAAUGUAGGAAAGUGAAGCUUGUCAGCUUUAACGCUGGAUCCGCUAUGUUUUCAGAAAGUAUUCUAUUUUUAUGAGAAUGAAAAUCUUCAACAUGAUCCA